UGCGGCAGCAGAAGGGGCGCACCAGGAGGGUCGGGCUCCAGGCCUGGAACCACGCGUGGGAAGGAGAGCACAGGGUCGAAGGCCGGGGCGCGCUCUCGGGCCGGAGGGGGCGCGCCAGAGAGGCGGCUCCGUCCGCUCGGACCCCGCCCCGGGCGGCAGCGUGCGGCUGGCUGGAGGGCGCGCCGGGCUGGGGGCGUGGCCGCGGCGCCCCGAGGGGGCGUCCUCCGGGCGGGGCGGGACGUGGCCGCCCCCGCGGGCUCCGGUGCGUCAGGGCGCGUCAGGCGGGGCGGGGCGGGUCGAGCGCGGGCGGCGGCGGCGGCGCGCACCGGCCUCCUCCUCCCGCACUCGAGCAGCCGCCGCCGGCCGGACGGGCGCCGCUCCCGCCACCUCCGCUCGGUCCGCGCCGCGCGCCCUUUCCCGGCAUGUCGGCGGCGGUAGCGUGCGUGGAUUACUUCGCAGCCGACGUGCUCAUGGCCAUCUCUUCGGGCGCCGUGGUGCACCGCGGGCGGCCGGGCCCCGAGGGCGCGGGCCCCGCCGCCGGCCUGGAUGUGCGCGCGCCACGCCGCGAGGCCGCCCCGCCCGGGCCCCCGGGGCCGCCAACGCCGCCCUCCCGGGCUGCCCCGGGCUCGGGCCCCGGAGCCGCCGCCGCGCCCCACCUGCUGGCCGCCAGUAUCCUGGCCGACCUGCGAGGCGGGUCCGCCGCGGCCCCGGGGGGCGCCUCGCCCGCCUCCUCCUCCUCGGCCGCUUCGUCUCCGUCCUCCGGCCGCGCCCCCGGCGCCGCGCCCGCCGCCGCCAAGAGCCACCGCUGCCCCUUCCCGGGCUGCGCCAAAGCCUACUACAAGUCCUCGCACCUCAAGUCGCACCUGCGGACGCACACGGGUGAGCGCCCCUUCGCCUGCGACUGGCCGGGCUGCGACAAGAAGUUCGCGCGCUCGGACGAGCUGGCCCGCCACCACCGGACGCACACCGGCGAGAAGCGCUUCCCCUGCCCGCUCUGCUCCAAGCGCUUCACCCGCAGCGACCACCUCACCAAGCACGCCCGCCGCCACCCCGGCUUCCGCCCAGAACUGCUCCGCCGCCCCGGCGCCCGCAGCACCUCUCCCAGCGACUCCCUGCCCUGCAGCCUGGCGGGCAGCCCCGCGCCCAGCCCGGCCCCCAGCCCGGCCCCCGCCGGCCUGUAGGGCCCACCCGGCCCGCCUGGAUCUCGCCCCGCCCAGAGCACCAGCAACAUGCCUGCGGUCCAGGCACCCUUCCAGCGUCCCCCCCGAGGGCCCCGACGCCUCUGGUCCCCUCGAGAAGGCGAGGAGGGGGCCCGAGACGAGACUGGGGUCAGCUGGACCUUUGGGACACGCCCCCCACCCCGGGUGGCUGGGGCCCGUGUUUGUAAAUAGCCACGACCUAUGAUUCUUCCCGUCUGCUCAACUGGGACCCCCCGUGGGCGGCUGGCAGGUGCUCCCCUCUCCCCUUUGCCACUUCCCUGCUUGGGGGGGGAUAUGUGUGUGGAGGGGGGCCAGGAAAGGUACCCCCUGCCCAGUGCUUGGAAUCAGCCCCAGGCCCCUCUCCAGAUUGGGAAGAAGUGAGUGAAGAGCCAUAGAGGAUCCAGGGGUGUCUGAGGGCACACAUGCCCCCGCCCGCCCGCCCGGGGCUCCUCACCCCAUGGAAAGCCAUUGGAGAUGUUCAGGGAAAAGGGGUGCGGCCCAGCCGUCCCCCACUCGGGUAUUCGAUCUCAGGUGUUAACAGGUUCUGCCCCACUGCCCAUGGGGGGCGGGGGGGCAGGGGGAGGGGUGGGUAACGGAAGGGUCUGGGUUUUGCUUCUGAGAUGUAGGGGAGGGAGGGAGAGGAACAGGGUUCUUCCAAAGAGCAUCUGCCUCACUUUGGGGGAUGUGGACGUGGGGAUGGAGUGAAUGCUGGCUUAUUUAUUUUCUUGCCUCUGCUGGCUGGGGUGCCGUCCUGCCCCCCGGGUGGGUGCGGUGUGUUCGUGUACGUGAGAAGCUGGUGCCGCAGCUGCUCCCUGCUCCCGACUUUGGCCUUCCACAGCAUCACGUGACAAUCAAUCCCUCCCUCGGGGACCAGACGGCCACUGGGCUCAAUGCACCCCUCCCCACCCUGCAGGUGGCGGUGGGAGCCCUGGCUCCAGCCUGCCCCUCGCUGCAUGUCCCCCUGGGUGCCGGGCCUGAGCUGCCGCCCACAAGGAUGGGAGGCAGGAGCACUGGCCCCAAGCCCCCUAGCUCCCUAGGAGUAGCUGGGUUGUGUGUGUGUGUGUGGACCGGGUAGAAUGUUUUUUCAGGCGCCAGUCUCUUUUGAUCAGGCCACGGAGGGUGGUCUGUCCUCAGGAGAAGGAGGUGGGGGGUCUUUGUGACCUAACUUGGGGUGGAGGGGUGGAUGCCGUGUCCUCUGGUGAAGCUGGUUAGGUUUCAUUUUGGGCCAAGGGACUGAGGACCCAGCCCCCCUGCUCUGGAGUGGGAAGGGACCCAGGCUCCCUGCUCCCAGACCCUAAAAGGGCUUGUCUGCCACCCCCUCCCCCCUAUUGGCUGCGGGAGGUUUGGGGCAUCUGCAUUUAUUCCAGAGCCUUCCUGUGUCCUGACUGGCGCGGGGCGGGCGGGCGGGCGGGCGGUUGGAUGACACCGUUGUGGAGUGGACCCUCAGCCUGGCAGGAUCCAGGGGUGGGUGCGGCAGGUCCUCUUGGAGCUGGGCUGCGGAGGGUCUGUCUGCAGGUUCAGCCUACGGGCAGGCCCAUCUGCCCUCAGUCCUGCUCUCCCAGAGGGGAAUGCCCUUGUCCUUGAGGGCAGAGGGGUGUGUCCCAUUCACCUUUGUGUCCCUGUGGAUGUUCCCUAGAUGUCCUAGGCCCGGCCGGUUCCUGUCCAUGGUGGGCUCCGGGGCCCAGGGCCCAGGAAGCUGAGAACUCUGUUGUCCGGCCCCUGUUGAGGGGCCUGGAGAGACCCAUGCCCCCUCCUCCAAGGGGCCAGUGGUAGCUGUGGCCUUUCAAGGGGGGAUGGGGGUGGGGGUAGCAUCCCUAGGGACUUGUGCUUUCUCUGGUGGCACCCCUCUCCCUUGCCCUGUCUGACCUUAUCCUUGUAUUUAAUUAAACAAGACCUUUUUUAAACCCA